CGUGGUCUUUGUUGUAGUUCGAGCUACUCGUUUUUUGUUCAAAUGGUGACGUCAGAACCAGUUUCUGAGUCGACUCUCGAUUGCUUCUGUCUGGGGGAAGUUGAAAGUUCAUGCUUCUCUGACAACAGGAGAGACACGUGUGGAGAGAGAAGUACCUUGCUGAGCAGUGACUCCUGCAGCCAUGGCUGCUAUAUACUCAGGCAUCCAUCUGAAACUCAAGAGUCCUCACACAUCAUGGGAGGACAAGCUGAAACUGGCACGAUUCGCUUGGAUCUCUUCCCAGUGUCUGUUGCCCAAUAAGGAACAGGUUCUGUUAGACUGGUGUGCACAUGCUCUGACAGGGUGGUACAACCAAAAGGUGAAGUUCUCCUCAGAUGUGUUAGAAGGAUUGUGGUGCUACCUGGACGAUCUUCUACACAGCAAGAAGCUUCACAGUGCACUCAAACAGGGAAAGACCAUCAGUUUGAGGCUCAACCUGGUGCAGCUCCUGCUUGACAGACUUCAGGUGUGUUCGGACUCAGCUCAGCUUCCUGAGUGUACAUCAACAAUACUGAGUGUAUGUCAGAGAGUCCUCUCGUCCCCUUCUCUCUCUUCAGUCUUCACCACCAAGUAUGAACUCAUGGUCAGCCUGCUGGUCAAGGUGUGCAACCUUGCCUGCUCUGAGCUGCAAAAUCCCAAGUUAACUGGAGGUUGUCAGUUGGAUGUUACAAGAACUAUUUCCAAAUCAGACACAAUUGCCUCUUCAGCUCACCUGUUUGAGUUGCUGCUUCAAGUCUUGUCCUCAUAUUUGUCUGUGCAGAGACAGCAAGCCAAUCAAAACAGAGUUUUCACUUCAGUGACUAACCAGCUGUUCCAGCUGUUAAUUUUUCUCAGACAUUUAAUGACUUCAGGAGAACUUCCAGUGUCGCACCCCCACCUGAGGGCAUGUCAACAUCUCUCCAGAGACGUCAGAGUCAAAAUAGAUCUCAUCAUCCAGUCAGCCCUCUUUCCCCCUGAACAUCUGACCUACUACAAAGAGGAGCUCUGCCCGCCUGUGCAGGACUCUGGGAAACGUGGUCCUGGUGGAGCUAAAGGCCCCCUGAAGCCCGUCACCACUAUCAUGUCAAAACUCACCACUACAGGUGGUUUUGAACCAUCACUUCAUUACACAGUGAAGUCGAGCACAGUGCCACUGUUGUUCAAAUUCUUCCUGGAAAACUUCCGGAAAGGCAGGAAAGAAGUUGACGAGGAGCAGGGCAUGCUGUGUUUCUACUUCCUGUCGAGACUGUUCGUGGCCCUAGAUGUCACUGUUAACACAGCUCCUCCAGCCAAAGUUGUGCAGCAAAAGUCCCCUGAAAGCUGGAGUCUGGCCCUGCUGGCUGUAGAGUCCCUGCUCACUAUGGCGCUGUCGGAAAAUAUUUACAACAUCGCUGCUGAUCGGAUCAGACACAACGAGGUCCAGCUCAAGUUUUACAAGUCAUUCGCUCAAGCUCUCUUGAACCAGGCCCAGCCAAGUAUUCCAGCUUGGUACCGAUGUCUGAAAGUGCUGCUGAAUCUGAACCACCUGAUUCUCGAACCAGACCUGGACCAGCUACUGUCUCUUGCCUGGGUCGAUGCUGAAUGUAAUGAAGCAAGAUCUCACCGGGCCCAACAGCUCCUGUUGUGCAGUCUGAUCCAGAUCUACAGCAAACUCCGUCAGCUGCCUCGCUUGUUCUCCGAGCUUCUGUCAGUCAUCUGUCAGUCCACUCUAGAUCAGAAGCAACCCUCUCUGCUGUCUGAUGAGGUCUCCUCCUGUCUACGGUCCUGUGUUCAGGACACGCCCGCCUCCCUGGGUCUGGAGAUGUGCUCUUUAGUGCUGGAGAGUAUCAAGACCUCUCUUCUUCCUGAACUGGCUGAGGGAUGUGGAGCAACAGAGACGAUGGACGUUGAUGGUGGUGGAGGAGAAAAAGAGGCUGCAUCCAGAAAGAUCUACUCGCUGAGCCAACUGCUUCAUGUUGUCUUAUUCAGCCUGAAGACUUUGGACAACGCUUCACCUCUUCCUCUGGUGAGACGCUGCGAACGCCUGAUGACAGAGAUGCAGCAGACCAUCCAGAACCUCCUGACUCCAUCGUCAUGUCAAAAGAAAAGUGUGAAAACCAAAGGGAAAAAGAAUAGAAACUCCAUAAUUGGAAAGAUGUGGGAGGAGAAAAUCCAGGAGGCUGCUCUGCUUCUCAAGUACACUUUGAUGGAGGUGGACACACUCUUUGGUUUCCACUGCACCAAGUACUCCUCAGCAUCUCAGUGUGUUACUGAAGAACAUUCCAACGAUGACGAUGUGUCUUUGCUUCCGGCUCUGAUCCCAUCCUCGUGCAGCGCAGUCAUCUCUCUCCAUCUUAAACUUCUCACGCUGCAGCAGGUGAAGAAAGCUAUGUUGGACGGCCCUCUAGUGGCUGAUAAGAGCACCGCAUCAUUAACAAAAGCUGCCCAGUUCAUUCUAGCCAAAGACGAACUGGAGGAUGGUCUCCAUGGAGAACAAGUAUGGGAUGGACAGAUAACCAGUGUGACGGCUGGAUCCUACCAAGUUGCUCACUGGUAUGUGGUCACGUCUAACCUUCCUCUGAUCGCUCCCCAUCUUAGUGGAAAUGAUCUCAGCAGCAUAGCAAACAUACUCAUUGAGUCGUUGCUCAGCAGCCCUGCAGAAGGCAAAGACCCACUUCCUGGUAGUUUAACUAUCCCCAUUAUAUCAACUCAGCUUCUUCAGAGCUCCAUUUUUGCUGAGUUACCUCAGUUGUUCUCCACAUCUUUGGCCUCCCUUGCUCAGAGGAUCUGCAGAGUCCUGACGUCUGUGGAAACGUCUCAAGUUUUCUGCUCACUGAAAAAAUUCAAAGAGGCGCUGAGGUCUGUUGACGGUGAGAUGGAGAGAGGUCAGCUUCUGUCCUCCCUGGUUCACAGUGAGACUCUAGCUGAGGAUAUUUUAAAGUCUCGGAACAGUGAAGUAUUUGUCGCGUUGACUGAAGCCCAGAUAGAGGAGUUAACGAAACUGCUGCAAAUAUUCAACGAAUUGAACCCAGAUGGAAUCAGCCCACAGGAUCUCUCCUCCGUGUUUCUGCUUCUCCUCUUCAUCCUCACAUGCACCUCAGCAGAUGACCCUGCAUUUGUUGUGAAACUGCUGAAGGUACUCCACCUACUCCUGGAAGCUAGAAACUUCCAGUGCGUUUUAAAGCUGGUCCACGGCGGGUCACUGCUGGAGACUGUGGUGUCGUCUCUCUUUUGCCACAGACGAGCUGAUCCCAAUGCCGUCUCAGGUCGGUUAGAGACUAUCACUGCCUUACAGGCCUUCAUUUUAUCUCUGACUCAGUUCAUCAUCGCUCGCAGUAGCAGCGUUCGCCUCAAUCUGGACCAGUUUGCUUCGUUUCUGGCCAGUAAGGACUGCAGCAGACAGCCUGAUCUUCAUAUUCUCCUGGCUUCACUCACUUCCUUCUCCCAGUCUAUGGCCUCCAACCUGGGAAGAAACAAAGUUGUGGAUCAAACUCUGACCCAAACGCUCAAAAGAACCACAUCUGUGAUGGGGCCAGCGCUGGACUCCCUCCUUACAUCCAUCAAUCAGGGAGAGAGCCUGCCAAGUCCUACCUUCCUGGUCGAGGUUGUGAACGUCAUGCUUCACUGUGAAGUCUCCUCAAUGUCAGUAGAGGAGGAGAGAAGUGAAGAGCAGCUGGAGCUCAGCCACAGUGCCCUCUAUCAAAAUUUUUACCAAAGGAUCCUUGAUGAAAUCAACUCUGACUCUCAGCCCAUUGAAUUCUAUUCGUCCUGUCUUCGUUUCCUGUCGCUGUUCUACGCAGCAAUGGAGAAAACUGUCAGAAGGAAAGGGAAGGCGCAGGAGGAAGGAGAGGAGCCAGGAGCAAAGGAGCUGGAUGAGUUGUUUCUUCAGAUCCUGCAAAAUGUGAACAGACUCCUGUCAGCUCCCGGACUGUCCUCAUGUGACUUGGGCCAGCUGGAGCCUGCUGUGCAGGAGCUGCUGCGCCACCUAGUGGGGAAGAGCAGUACCAGUCGGUUCAUGCUGCUGCUGCAGAUGAUACAAGGAGGACUGGACCCUGGAAAACUGCUGUCCGGAAACUACAGAGAGGUUCUGUCUGCAAUAAUCAUCAUUAAGGGGCUGUCCUGUUGUGUGCUUCCUGACGACUGCUCCAGAGCGCUGUGGCACGUUGCACCACAGAUUUUAUCUGCAACUGUGUACUUGGUGACGUCUUCCAGUCAGGAGCUCUCUCUGACCCUCCCCUUUACCAUUCCUGUGGUCACCGCAAUGACAUCCCUCCUGCGCCAAGGAGAGGGCCUCCUCACCAACUCCCAUCACGUGAUCCUGGUCCUAGGAGCGCUUCACUCGGUGCCUCUGGACCGCUUGCCUCCUCUCACCUACCAGUCAGCGUUCUGGGCCAUCCACGAGGCGCUUUUCGCCAUCAUCCAGUGUCACCCCAAGGUGAUCUCGAAAGCAGCUGCAUCGUUCCUGAACGUGUUUUACCGUCUGGUGGCCUCCAUCAUGCAGGAGGGACGGCAGCGAGGAGACUCCGACUCAGACAGUGACGUGUACCUGCCGUGCUCCAGACUGAUUGAAAGAAUGUACUCCCACAUCGCUGCCAUCCCCGAGACCUUCAGCUGCCAGCCGGUCUUCAUGGUGGCGCAGUACGUGACAGAGCUCCAGAAGGUGACGCUGCGACCGGACAUUAAGCUCCAUCUCACUGAGGGAAUCUACUGCAUUCUGGACCUGUGUAUGGAGCAGGAUAUUAAAUUUCUGAUGGCCGGGCUGCAGGCUGGAGUGCGAGAGGUGUUCAACGAGCUGUACAGCAGCUAUACACAUUAUCACAAAACUCAGAGACAAGGCGAAGAGAAGUAUACAGUUUGAACUGCAACUUUGUUUUGAUCACCUGACCAAAGAUGUGUUUUGCCUCCGAAACUGAUGAAAGGAAGAAGUUAAAUAGAUGAAGGGUGGCUGAUAACUGAAGCCCAUAUAGGUUUAAAAAAAACUGAUCGCUAGACUAAGGAGAAAGUCUUGUCAGGUGAGUAUAUUUACUGCUUUCCACCACCAAUCAAGGUGAAUUUGUUCUGUACACUGGUCUCUGAUGCUAUGCGGCACAUGUCCUAACCUCUGGAUCAGGUCCUGCACGAUUCUGUUGGACUGGUCAGGUUCAGUGUUUGUCUUCCUCUGCACUGCAGCUGUACUGCUGGUCAGUACAUCGCCACAACUGCUGAUUUGGUAGCAAGGUAAAUGCAUGGCAGGUGGUCAUAAUGUUAUCGCUGAUAUGAUAUACACGACCGGAUAAAGCCACAAUUUACUUUUCUGCUGACUUGUAGGGAGCAUCGCAUUUAGAUUUUUCGAGAAGUGGUUUCUUCAAUGUAAACUUACCUUUUCACCUAUUAUUUUGGAAACUGUAUGAUCAUGUACAGUGUAUUCUUUAAAAUAAAUCUUCAA